CCCCCCCGCGGAGCCCGGGACCCCCAAGCCCGCCCGAAAGCGCCUCUCUGCUUGCGCCGCUGAGGCCGGUUGCUGAGGAGAGGCGGGGGAGCCGCCGCCGGGGCGCCCGUGACGCUCCCGCUGGGGAGCUCGGAACGGCUUGCGAUGAUGGAAGCCUUCAAAUCUCCGAGCAACCUGAAGAGCAAGGGGAAAGCUGAUGUGGGGGCAGCUUCUGUCACUAUUCCAGCCUCUCCCUUCAUGCAAAAGCUUGGAUAUGGCACGGGGGUGAAUGUCUACUUGAUGAAAAGAUCUCCCAAAGGUUCAUCUCGUUCCCCGUGGGCUGUGAAGAAAAUUAAUUCCAAAUGCAAUAAGAGCCAGCAAAACAUCUAUCAGAAGAGACUGAACGAAGAAGCCAAGAUCUUGAAAAACCUCCAGCACCCAAACAUUGUGGGUUACCGCGCAUUUACCGAGGCCCACGAUGGAAGCAUGUGUCUUGCCAUGGAGUAUGGAGGAGAAAAAUCUCUCAAUGCCUUAAUUGAAGAAAGAAAUUUAGAACAUUUGGGCCCUUUCCCUGCUGCUACAAUUUUCAAAGUUGCCUUGAGCAUGGCAAGGGGGCUGAAGUAUCUUCACAACGAUAAGAAGCUGCUCCACGGAGAUGUCAAGUCUUCAAAUGUGGUUGUUAAAGGUGACUUUGAAACCAUAAAGAUCUGUGAUGUCGGCGUGUCUCUGCCCCUGGAUGAAAACAUGACUGUGAGUGACCCGGAGGCAUGCUACGUCGGCACCGAGCCCUGGAAGCCCAAGGAAGCUCUGGAAGAGGACGGUGUCAUCACCGAUAAGGCUGACAUCUUUGCUUUUGGGCUGACCCUCUGGGAAAUGAUGACCCUCUCUGUGCCCCAUCUCAACCUGGGCGAUGACAGUGGUGAUGAAGAUGACUCUUUUGAUGAGGAUGACUUCGAUGAGGAGGCAUACUACGCGGCUCUGGGAACCAGGCCUGCCCUGAACAUGGAGGAACUGGACCAGUCGUACCAGCAAAUGAUCGAACUGUUUUCCAUCUGCACCAGCGAGGAGCCGCAGAAGCGCCCCUCCGCUGCUCAGAUCAUGGAAGCCCUGGAGGCAGCCCUGCCCUGAGGUAUGGCCCUGGCUCCAGCACAGCUGAGCUGAGUUCUGCACAGCCCAUUCUGGAUAGAGGAGGAAGGCUAUUCCUGUAGUAUGUAUCCUUAUAGUACAUGAAACCUGCUCCCUGUACUUCCAAACAGGCUCAUUUCUUUAAGAGAAAACCCCUGGUUUAGCACUACGUUCUGAGAACAGGCCUGAGAUGACUGGGACUUGCACUUGCCCUCCAGGCUGCACUUAGGUCCUCAAUGGCCCCAUGCUCUCUGUGCAAUGCCCCUUAGGAAGCUGCUUUUAAUCGUCACAUCUCUGUUGUAAAUAGAGUAAUUUCCCUUGUAUAUGUGUCUCUCUGUUAGGUCAAUACUGUUGCUCUGUUGUAUUUUGUGACUGAAACUUCUGAAAUAAAUUUCGUUCUCCACCCUGA